AUGUGGAGAAAUAUGAAGCAACACCCGCCAAUUCCAUUUUUUAUAAUGGAGAUUGUUGUCUGGAAGAGGUUGUCGUUUAUUUGGAUUCAUAACCAUCAGUUGGAUUUACUAAGGAGUGGAGAACAGCUCUAUCCAUCAACAAGCAGCUCUACUGAAACAACGAAAACAAAUUGCUCCUGGCUCUCCGAUCCUUUCAACAUUACCGAUAAGACUGGAAAAGUGGCAUUCACUUACAAUGGAUCGUGCUGCUCACAUCUUGCUGCAGAAAUGCUAAAAAACAGUUCUUACCAAACAGAUAUUGACAUGAAGGAAGUCCAGUUGAAUUUACCGUGGUAUAAUUCUUAUAAGGAGAACAUCAGUAACGAUAUCAAAGAGUUAAAGCAAAAAGCACUGAUCAAACUAUUGUACUGCAUUCAGGAAGCAUGCCCUGGAAUGGAUUCGGUUUGGGAUAACUGCACAGAAAUUACUAGUUCUUCCUCAACCAAUGAAACAACGACAAGCCCAGUUACUACUACUACAAAAAAGGAGUUUGAGUGUUACUGGCUUGAAGUACCUUUCUUUUCUCAAAUUGGUGAAUCCGAAGAUGUUUACGAUUUGCAUUAUGAAGGAGGUUGCUGUACCCCAGCAGCCAUGUCGGCACUUGAAGAAAGUCCGAACUACCCUACAUCUUACAACAAAAAACUUCCGGACUUUUUAAAAGCCCAAAUCAUUGUGGAUUUCUUGUUUUGCAUCCCAGAAGCCUGUCCUUAUAUGAAACCAAUAUGGACCAAUUGCUCAGAACUGACAACAACGACAACAAAAGCUCAAACGACACCGACAACAACCGAAUCGACAACAGUCACAUCUGAAGUAACGACUACAAAGAAGAACCGAGAAGAACCUGUGAAGGACCUAUCGGAAAACACUACAACCACAUCUACAUCGACGAUCAGUCAAGCGGAAACCUCGACGGAGAAGAAGACGACACGGAAGACUGAAAAUGAGGAUAAUGGAGACCCAUCUGGUGACAAUGAAGUGACAACAAGAUUGACUACCGUGGAAUCAACUACUGAUAAGACUACCACAACAAUAACUCUUGGAGAUAUUUUGAGUAGUCCCAAGGAUGACCGGACCGCAACCAUAUCUAGCACCUCAUCAACUCAGACAACUGCAAGUGAAACACCAAAGAAAGAAGAGCCUAUCGAGAAUGAAAUCACAGAAGAGCAUGAGGAGUCAACAACAACAUCGACAACUUCAAAAGUCACCACCACCACAGAAUCCACGGAAACCGAGAAGGCUUCGACUGCAACAACUAGUGUGACGCAAGAUUCCACUGUAACCUCAACCGCUGCCCAGCAAGAAGACACGUCUACCACAGUGAGCAAGACGAGCUCUUCUUCCAGCGAGCCUGAGACAACAACGGAUAAAGAAACCGUGGCAACCACCACUGAAGCUGAUUUUGAGUCAACUUUCUCAACCACUUCUGAUGACUCUGAAACUUCCAAAGAUCCUGAAGAGACUAGUGAAAGCACAACACUCUCAGAAACAUCUGAAUCAUCCUGGUCUACUGAAAGCUUCACAACUCCUCUGAUCAAUCUGAUCAGCAGUUUGACUGGCUCUACUGCGUCUUCUUCAUCCCCUGAAACAACUGAAAUGCCGAUGGAUUCUGAUGAAACUGAAUCUCCGACGUCUUCUGAAAUGACAGCUGGUUCAACAAGCUCCGAAAGUGAAAGCCAAUCAACAGAUACAGUGACCACAUCGAGAACUCAUGAAACAGGAACAACUUCAAACUCCACUGGGUCCUCUUCGUCCCCCAAAACGAGCAAAACAACAGCGGAAUCUGAUGAAACGAAACGUCCCACGUCCUCAGGAAUGUCAGCUGGUUCAACCACUCCUGAAAGUGAAAACCAAUCUGGAACUCAUGAAACAGGAACAACUUCAAGCCAAGGUUCUAGCUCUACUGUGUCCUCUUCGCCCCCCAAAACGACAACGGAUUCAGGAAUGACAUCUGGUACAACAAGCACUGAACCAGAAGACCGAUCUACAGAUCAAACUUCUGAAACCAGCUCAACUCCUUCAUCUGAGACACCGACCACUUCUGGUUCUAGCAAGACCGACGUAACUGGAACAUCUGCUAAUGUGACGACAACAUCCGUCAUGAAAACAGGAACUGGCUCCACCACAUCUUCUGUCACUGGAUCAACCAAAUCUACUGAUCAUGGCUCAACGGAGACGCCAACAACCACAAGGGCUGAAAAUGAAGCAGGCGGUUCUGGAGAACCGAAGACUUCCGCAACUGGAACAACGUCAACUGCUACUCGUGGAGUCACAGUAACCGAAAAAUCGACACCGUCCAGUAGUACGCAAGGAACUGGUACUGUCACGACUGGAGAAACUGGCAAAUCUGGAUCAACGAGCACUAAUCACCCGAAACCGACCAUCAGCGGACAUAUCAUCGACUACACCGGGACUAUGGAAACCAAUCCAAGGGCUGAAACGUCUGAGUCGACCUCUGGGGCAACUGGAAAAGGACACUCAUCCUCACCCAGCUCCACAAAAUCGACAAGUUCAUCCAGUGGCUCACCAACUCAAGAAACUGGAUCAACAACAACUGGUCAUACGACAAGUGAAAACAAAACUUCCUCAACUUCAAAGAAACCAGAAACAGAAACAAGUUCUGGAGGGUCGCCAACUACUACCAAACCAUCUGGAUCUAACUCAACUAGUGGAACUAAUGGAACUACCAAAUCCUCAAGCUCGGUGAAGUCGUCUACAACUGCUCCGUCAAGCAAUGGAACCACAAAAGGAGCUGAAGCAAGCAAACCUGAUGGAACGAAGACGACUACAACCGAAUCAACAAAGGCUUCUAGCUCUUCAGAAAAGUCGAAAGCGACAGAUUCUCAAAAGAUGUCUACCAAGCCAACAACAAAGUCUCCAGUCUCCUCUUCUUCUUCGGUUACCACCUCGACUACGACAUCGACUCCGCCCCCAACAUCAGCCACCUGUCCGAUGCCCGACAUUGACCGACGCUUCACGAACCGUCCGACCGAUGCGGAGCUGAAGCCGUUCUACGCACCUGGAGAGCGAGUAAUCCAUCUCUGCAUCAAAUAUUAUAAGAUGGAGUGGGCCGGUCAACCUCUCAGAAUCUAUCAAUGUGGAGAGGAUGGCAAAUGGAUUGGAACGUUCCAGCGGUGUGUUCCGGAUGUGCCUUCACCAAAAAAGGAGUUGUAA